AUGGCUGACGUCGACACGGACAAUGAGGGGGACACCAACCCUCACUCUCUCGAUGCGACAGCUAACCCGUUGAACCCCACAAACCCCGCUUCGCAGAGGCAAACUGCGAAUGCUUCUCAAUCACGAAAUGAUCCAAUCCCAUCAUUGAACAAUCCGAUCCGAUUCACCGACAUUGAUGACGACGACAGUGAUGAUGAAGACAAGAAACCGUCUCACCAAGGACAUGGUCUGCCUGAGAUCGCGAUGACGAAGAUACAGAAGGUUAGGAUGCUACAGCACAACGACACAGACCCUAGCGGAUGGAAGCAGGCUUUGGCUUACCAGCUAAUCCCCUACGCUUUGGAAUGGUUGCUUGAUAGCGAGAUACCUCGUCCUUCAAAGUCGCACCCUUCGUAUGAAAGAUGGAAGUACUGGUCUCGUCUCGUCGCCAGUUGGAUGUACAAUCAGAUCGAUGUGACACUUCAGAACAAGCUCCGGAAUUUGUCAAAGAUGCCGAAGUACGCAGACAGCCUGUACGACGAACUCAUGACGAUGACGCAAGGAAGCGAUCGGAUCCAGACAGCUUUUCUGGAGAUGCGCAAGUUCGACAAGAUGAAGCGAUCGGACUACAGCUCGGCAAGCGAGUACAUCGAGGAGUACCAAAAGCAAUACCAUGUUCUUGCUAGAUUCAAAGCAGAACCCCAUCCAGUUCACGCAUUGUCACAAGUCCUUGAGAAUCUGGAACUCGAAAUCAAGAAAGUACAGUUUAUCAAGGAGGAAGUUGCAGGUCUUAUACCCGAGAAACUGAGUCGUGACAAAGUGGAAGAAUACUGGAGAGCUCUACAAGCCGCAGCUGACAUGGAAGGUGUCACAAAUGCAGCUCAGUCCGCAGGCAGAGGCCGCGGAGGUGGAAGAGGUGGUCGUGGAGGAAACCGAGGUGGCCAAGGUGGUCACAACACCGGUAACAACAACAACGACAGCACCCAAUCCACCAAAGAUGUCAAUGCAGUCGACAAUGACAGCAAUGCCAACAGUGGCAGGAAGAAGAAGAAAGGACUUCGCAAGCAGCCUGCUGACGGCAAAGACAUUCAUGAUUACGCGCGAGAAAUGCGCAACGGCAAACAGAAGGACGACAACGAGAUGUGCGCCUUCUGCGGUUUCGGACCACACCCAGCUAAAAGGUGCGCAUACCUCAGCGACAACCCACCAGCUUCGUGGGAACCGUCAGGCAAUCUGUGGGCCUAUUCGAAACAAAUCCAAAAAGCUCAGCGUCCGGAAGGCCAGAACAACAUGGUCGUCGCCGCUGCAAGCUCUAUCGACAGGACGAACGACUGGUUACUCGAUACCGGAUCCAGCAAGACGUUAACACAUGAUCUCGAGGAUUUCCAUACGUAUCAGCUGGAUCACCCUGACCUAGCCUAUGCGUACAAAGACUACUCUGGAAAGAAGGUCAUCACGCUUGGUCAUGGAGAAAUCAUGGUGAGGGCUGCUCUGCCUGGCCCAGGUGGAAAGACGUACACAUUCAUGACAACUGGAUACUACAGUCCUGGGGGACAUGGAAAGCUCUUUGGAAUGCAAAAGCUUCUGGAAGAGCAGGAUAUCUCCUAUGACACACGCACUAAACACCUGACAAAUAGCUCGGGAGACAUUCUCGGCUACGCAGAUACGUCAGAUGGUGUACCAUACCUUGUUAGUCCAAACGAGAUUGAUCCAGAUUCAGAUUCGGAUAACGAUGAUCAAGACAUUGGUUUUGUCAACAAGGUAACAGCUUACGAAGUGCACCGUCGUCUCGGUCAUGCCGGAAAAGCUCGCAUUGCUGCUACAUUGGAGCAUGCAGAGCAGCUGGAUGAACACGAACAGUACGGUACAGAGCAUUUUGACUGUGACGCCUGUUUUCGUGGCAAAUCAAAGCAAAAGAUAUCUCGAGAACCACAGGCCAGAGUGCAAGACGCAGCAUGGAAAUUCCACGUCGACACCCAACCAAUGAAGCCUACAGGGCCAAACGGAGAGAACUACUGGUUGCCAGUUGUUGACGAUGCUACUCGUCUGAUCGAGGGGAUUAUGCUAAAGACCAAGAGCGAUGCUUUUCACAAGCUCACUGCUUUUUGUGAGAAGAUGAAGCUGCUGACUGGCAGAUACCCUGGUAUCUGGAGAAUGGACGGCGGCACAGAGUUCAAAGAGUUCAUCAAAUGGGGUGAGAAGCGAGGAAUGACUUUUGAGAUCACACCUCCAUACACCGCAGAGCCGAAUGGCACAGUGGAGCGUUUCGGUGGACACAUCAACGACAUACAACGCACGAUGAUUCUAGAUGCAGACACGCCGGAAGAAAUGUGGCCAUACGCGACAGAGACUGCCAUUUACAUUUACAACAGACUGGUCAAUCCGAAGACCAAGAUCUCUCCACUGACACACUGGCGUCAAGAACUCGACAUUCCAAACCCAGAGCCUUCACUGAAACAUCUCAGACCAUGGGGAUCCACCGUAUACGUGCACAUUCCUAAGGCCAAGCGUGUACAAGCUAGGAAAGCUGCUCCUAGAGCCUGGAAGGGCAUGCUUAUGGGCUAUGAGGGGGAUGGUGGACAUGUUUUCAAAGUAUGGGAUCCUACCGCGAGAAAGGUAGUGGUAUCCCGAGAUGUUGGUUUUCCUCAGCCUGGUGAUGAAGACGGUAUGGGACCAAUACCGGUGCAGCCUACACCUGGUCCUAAGGAUCCAGAUGAUGACAACGAUGACGCUGUUGGAUUCAUGCCUAUCUCGCUCAAUCACGAAGAUAAGGACUCGAAACCUAAGGAGAUGCAACAACAGAUUGUAAGGACACUACCCAUGCAGACGCCUACGCAAAGGACUGUACAAUUGCCUGUCACACCAUCAACAAUUCAUCUUCCUACAAUUCAUGGGAGUGUCUCUACAAUGCCGGAGACACCGCGUGGAAAACCGCAACAACAAAAGACCAUUGCUCCGCCCCCGAAGCGACAGCACAAGCUUUUUCAAACUCGCCUUCCUACUGUGCAAGAGGAGCCUCUUAUGACGGGAGCAAGGCUCACCGAUGUCACGAAUGCACCCUCUGGAAGCAUACAAGAGGUAGCGAAGCAGGAUGCACAGCAGAUCUCUAACAUGCAGCAGAGAAGAGCUGAUUUCGGAAAGAGACUUCGAGCUUUAACAGAUAACGUUUCUCGCAUUGCAGAGAGUAUGGAUGACGUUCGCAAAGAAGCUCGCGACAUUGAGGAAAGGACUAUCUCUGAACAGAGCUCUGAGACAGCUAGAUCAGACGAUACAACGCCUUCUCCGGAGCAACGGAGAACAGGUUAUCAAUACCCCUUCUCGUCUCCAAUUCAGCAAGCUGUUUCUCCACAGAAUGAGACACAGCGCACUAUCUCUACACAGCAAGCUAGUGUGUCACCGAGUCGUGAGAUCACACAAGCUACAGAGGCAGUAUCAAGCAGUGAAAACACACCGGUUACAGCGAGAUCUGAGGUGUUACCAAGACAUGAGAUCAUCUCAAUUGAAUCCUCGCCGGACCCUAUCACCCGAGACCCAGCCACGCCGGCUCCUCCACCACCACGACGUUCAAGACGUGCGAACAUCGGGAUCGCCCCUGAUCGCUAUCACGAUCCACAGCAGAAGCAUCUCGCCGUCGAGUACGAGAAACGAGACCGUGACAUUCAACGAGCUGCUAUGAGAGCAAAAGCGAAGGAAUCAGGCGGUAAUAACAUGACGGAGGGUGGAGGACAGGGGUCUGCGGGACCUGAUGCAAGUGCAAUGGCAGCGACAGACAUCGUCGAUAUCAACGAGCCAUUUCUUCAUAAUGGCAAGCCACUACAUGCGAAGGACGUCGAUCUACCUUCCACGUACAAACAGGCGCAGAAGAGCCCUUUCUGGCCUCAAUGGGAAGAUGCUAUGCAAAAACAGCUUGAUGAUCUCGCAGCAAAGGGCACAUGGAGUCUGAUUCUCAAACCGCCAAAGGCUAAGAUACUGCCGGGUCAAUGGAGAUUCACAGUCAAAACCAACACCAGAGAUGAAGUCUACGGAUUUAAAGCUCGCUGGGUUGUGUGCGGCAAUUUCCAGGACAAGGACGACGGAGAAACAUACGCCCCUGUCGUCGCUGAAUGUAUGAUCAAAAUCGUAUUCACAUUGAUCGCGAUCUACGGUCUGAAGUGGAGACAGGUUGAUUUCACAGCUGCAUAUCUCAAUGCAUCGAGGGAAGAUGCUAAGACAGUCUACAUGAGACAGCCCACCGGAUUUGAACACUCCGACGCCGAGGGUGACAAAAAUCAAUGGGUAUGCACGCUGAAUCAAGCUCUGUUCGGACUGAGAGACUCAGCAUACUUGUGGAACGAGGAAAUGGACAGCAAGCUUCGUCAGAUUGGCUUCCAUCCGCUCGACGAUGACCCCUGUGUCUACGUGAAAGGCAAGGGCAUGGAUCUUACUAUCAUGAUGAUACACGUGGACGAUUUCAUUAUCGCAGCGCCGUCAGAUGACGACAUUCAACAAGUUGUCAAUAAGCUCCGUCAAUAUUAUGAUAUGAAGGAUCUUGGUGAGCCGAAGCAGUAUCUGAACUGCGCGCUCGACAGAGACUACGAGAAUCGGACAAUCACUAUGACACAGACAGCCUAUGUGCAGAAGGUGCUUCGUACUGCCAAUGUGUCUGGAUGGAAAGAUACACCGCUGCCCGCUGCAUGGAGAGAAACACAAGCUGAUGCUACAAAUGUACUAGAUGAUGAUGCUUUUGACCAGUACCAAUCCAUUGUUGGGAUGUUGAACUGGCUGGCCGUCAAGACUAGACCAGAUAUCCGCUUUGCUGUGACAAGACUGCAACAUAGGCUGGCAAAGCCUACAUUCGCAGAUUUCGAAGCAAUGCUGCAUGUCGUGAAGUAUCUACGCCGACGUCCAGACAUCGGGAUCGUACUAGGACGUACCGAUGAACUUCGCUUCUAUGCACACACAGACGCCUCACAUGCAGACUGGGAUGAUAGCAAAUCCACCGAGGGAAGCAUCUGGUAUCUUGCUGGAUCACCAGUGAUGUGGUCUACUAAGAAACAGACGAUCACUGCCAAUUCGACAACGGUUGCUGAAUGGUGUGCGCUGGAUCAACCCUGCCGAGAUGCGAUGUGGUUAAACAAAGUCGCACAGUCGUUUAUGCUACCCGAACAUCGACCGAUGGAGAUUCACACAGAUAACAUCAACUCACAACUUCUUCUUUCAAAGAAGGGAGGCAAAUCAGCAAAUCGGUGGCUAACAUUGAGAUGGUUCUUCGUCAAAGACGCAGUUGCACAGGGCCAUGUUGAGAUCCUACGUGUUGAUACGAAGAAAAAUGCUGCAGACGGAUUUACAAAAGCUCUAGGAAAAGACCAAUUCGAGGCCUUUACUCGGCUAAUUGGGAUGACCUAA